AGUGAGUCACUCGUCCCACGCCACCGGACGCGCCGCGGAAUGCUCACUGAAGGGCGUGAUACGCUGCGAUUAGAAUGGAACUUGAUAUUGGGUCUUCCCAUCCAUUCUAGAGCAUGAUAGCUACCUUCCAGUCGUUUCUCAGAUUCUUGUCCGAGUGGACUAUCUCUGACGGUGGAUAUCUCUGACAGCUCGUCGCUCCCUGGACAUUCCGAGGCGCUCAGUUGGUUCCAUGCGAACCACCAAUUGCAACAAACCACCAACAAACCACCAGACCGUGACUAUCAUCAUGUACCAGUGCAACACGCCAGCUCCGUGUGCGCUCGCAGGCUCGUUCCUAUAUAGGCGCUGUCAACAGUAGUACCGUAUACGACUUUUCAAGCUACAGCCCUUCCGCGAUGCCAGACAAGGUGACUCUCAUCUCCGCCAACUUGGUCACAGUGGGCAUCGAGAGCUUGUUUUACGGCAUUGUGCUGCUGCUCUCAUUGACCUUCUUCUAUCUCCAUCUGGAUCAUGUCUCUGAUUCAGUUUCAACUUCGUCUCGCGGUACAAGUCGGCUGUCACGUACCCUGACGCCGAUUUUCAUUGGGUCCAUCUAUAUAUGCGCAUGUUGCACGGCACACUGGGUCUUGACGAUGACGCGUCUGUUCCAGGCGUUUGUCAUAUUCGAGGGCGGACAGGCGCCGCUACUGUUUUAUACGGAUCUAUCUCAGUCAACGGAGGUUGCAAAAUCUGCUGCAAUUAUCGGCACUCUGAUUGGUGCGGACGUCAUGAUUUGUUACCGACUGUGGAUUGUCUGGGGCCGCAAUUGGUACGUCAUCAUAGUCCCGAUCUUCACGAUCCUCGGGCUCUGUGUGUCCGGCGUUGGUAUCAUCUACACUGCGUCACGGCUCGCAAGCGCGGAUACGAUUUUUGUCUCGGACGUCGCACACUGGGUCAAGGCGGAUUAUGCCACGACAUUCGUUACCAACAUCUAUAGCUCGGGCAUGCUUGCCUUCAAAGUCUGGAAGGCGAACAGAAGCACUGUCCGGCCGUAUAUCGGCGGUAACUUGAUGCGAGUCCUCAUCACCAUCGUCGAGAGUGCCGCAUUGUAUACAAUCUACGCUGUUGUCUUCUUCGCCGUGUACGAGGCGGACUCGAACCUGCAGUACACCUUCGUCGACACGCUCUGCCAAGUGGCCGGCAUCGCGUUCAUGAUGAUCAACGUCCGCGUCCGUCUCGGCUGGGCGGCGAAGGGGGUCGUCUCGCAGGCGUCCUCCGGCGUCCUCCGGUCACACCGCAACCCCAGGCAAUCCCACGUCAUGCGCGCCGUCGCCGUCGACGUAUCGACUGUGGUGCACAAGGACGACGAGCUGGGCCAGGGCAUCAAGUACGACAUGCCCUCACAAUAUCAAGCCGUUUAAUGGCGCGUGCAUGCUACAUCGACAAAGAAACCCACGUAGACUGAGUGACUUUAUAGUAACUACAUGACCAUACUUCUGACCGAGCCGAAGGCGUUGAGCCCACUGUUCCGCUACAUCCACGCUACAGGCCGCUUCGCGGCCACGUACGGCGAGCUCACGCUACGAGACAGCGAACGGAAAUGAUCGCCUACGGCGAUCGACUACUACGACGCACACACCACCUACUAUACCCUGUCUCAUACUGUACUAAUAUCCCCUAUCUCGACGGUGUUCGAGCAUACUCAGUGAUUCAUUAGUCGACCAACGGACUCUACACUACGUACAUCUUAUGUCUACAUAGGGCUACGCCCUCAGUGACAAUAAAGGGAACAAACAAACAAACAAACA